AUGGAGGGGCGAGUGGAGUCAUGCUCUCACGCGCUGCGGAUGGGGGUUGUUGAGUUCGAAUACCCAAUUAUCUUGCAUGGCCCGCGAGCUCACGCUACGCAAUCACGUAAUUCGCAACUCCCAUCACCUGCUUCCACUUCUAUGCUCAUGCAUAGUGGAGUGAAAAGAUUGAGAGAAGAGGCGUGUUCCAUGGUGGAAGAAGAAGUUUGGGAGCAAUGGAUGUUCCAACCAAAUGCAUGCAUUGAAGUUGAAAACGACAAGGGCAACAACCAAUUUGACAGGUGUGGGAAAAUGGUAUAG